GGGCCGCCGCUCCUCCCGCCUCCGCGUCCUCGCCCCGCGGUGAUGGCUCUGUGGUCGCUCCUGCCGUGCCCGCCGCCGCCGCUGCUGCUGCUGCUGCUGCUGCUGCUGGGGGUCCCCGCGGCGGCACGGGGGUCCCCGCGGAAAGUCCUCUCCGAGGGGGCGGCCGCCUGCAAGGUUGGGGACCUAUGCCUGCAGGAGCCCCUCAGGAAGUCAGAAGCACCACUUGUCAAUGUGAGCGUCUACUACGAGGCACUGUGUCCCGGGUGCCGGGCCUUCCUGGUCCGAGAACUCUUCCCGACCUGGCUGAUGGUCCUGGAGAUCCUCAAUGUCACGCUGGUGCCCUAUGGAAAUGCCCAUGAACAAAAUGUCAGCGGCAGGUGGGAGUUCACAUGUCAGCACGGUGAGCAGGAAUGCAAGCUUAACAAGGUGGAGGCCUGCCUGUGGGACAAGCUAGAUAAAAAUUUGGCCAUCCUGAUCAUUGUCUGCAUAGAGGAAAUGGAUGACAUGGAGGAAAAUCUGAAACCGUGCAUGGAGAUCUAUGCCCCAACAAUGUCCCCAGACACCAUCAUGGAGUGUGCAGUGGGGGACCGUGGCAUGCAGCUCUUGCACAUUAAUGCCCAGCUUACAGAUGCUCUGCAGCCGCCCCACGAAUAUGUGCCCUGGGUCGUCGUCAAUGGGAAACCCCUGAAAGAUCUGAGUCAGCUCCUAAGCCUCGUCUGCCAGUUGUACCAGGGUGAGAAGCCAGAUGCCUGCCAACUCACAGCCACCUCCCAAAGGAAAGUGUGCUUCAAAUGACAGCUGUUGCCCUGGAAGGGAGCUGAUGGAGGAAGAGCAAGAAAGAGCACACCUGCCCGUUUUUUUCUGAUCCCUGACUCUCAGCCACUGCUGCUCAUCAUCACAGUAACUUCUACACAUUCUAUGAAGCCCAGACUCAGAAUCCUGCCCCAAGAUUAAGCAUCUUGCCCCACUGAGAUUGGUGCUACAUUGAAACUAGUUUAAUAAACACUUCUGGAUUUUGUGAUUCAUUUGA